AUGUCGGAGGACGGACACGCCUCUUCCUCUCCCGGACCCAGCCAAGGUGAUUCAAAGCUUUCCAUCUACCUCGUCAACGGUGUCGGAACAGUUUGGGAAGCUCAGACUGCCGCCAUCCUCCACUGCACAUAUGGUAUCUCGGGUCUGCGAGCGGGAACAUUACCUGGUGUAUCGCAGCAGAAUGUUUUCCUAGGUUUGCCAGUGACGUUGACAAAGGAAGAGACGGCGUGGUGUGUGAUCAAUGGUAUCGCCCAACUCGUCCCUCUUCAUUCUGACCUCCCUGAUCCAUCUCUUUCGGAUAUCUCCUCGAACACUCAACACCGUAUCGAUCGAAUACAGUCGUACCUCCUUCGUCAAUCUCAAGAUAGCGCUCGGAAAGCCUCAAUAGCGAGAGAAGCGUAUGAAAAGGGAGGCGAGAAAGCGAGAUUGAAGAGGGAAGCAAGGGCAAAAGCCAAAGCUGAGAAAGAGCGCGACACGAAUAGGCGACCUGCUGAGGCUAGCUCGUCGCAGCAAAUCUCCCCGACUGACCCACCAAAGAUGCAAAGUCACAGCAAAUCCAAUCCUAUUUACCCUCACGAGGUCCCCUCACAUCCUCUCUUUCCCGAUCUAACAUUCGCCAAACCCAUCACCCGCCUUCCUCAUCGACUCUUUCCCUUCCCACUUACCGCGCGGGACAGAGCGUUAUUGGAUACGUUUAAAGCCCUACAUGACCGAGGGUACCGGAUAGGUCUGGGACCUCGAUUCGGAGGCGAGUACCUCGUCUAUCCUGGUGACUAUUUACGGUACCACGCACAUUUCACGACUCAGGUGUUGGUCAGGGACGAAUGCAUACGACCUAUGGAGCUCGUCGCUUGGGGCAGGUUAGGGACAGGGACGAAGAAGGCGGGUUUAUUAUGCUGUUGGGAUGAUGAGAGGGGCGACGAAGAAGAGCGUGAGGCAGAUGAGCGGGAGCAAAGGGCAAAGGCUCUGGUGAAGCUUGAAGGGAGAGACGAGCAAGAGGAGGAUCAGCAUGAGGCAGGGCCACUCGAGUAUCAGGUAGAAUUUUACAGUCUGGAAUGGGCCAACUUUGGUUGA